UGUCAAUGCUAUAGCUGGCGUUAUCUUCUUUAGCACUCCACACCGUUAUGGCGAUAAGGUUACAAGCUUGAUGCGUUUCCGCGAUAUCUGGGAAGCAACAAUAGGCAGAAAAAUGAAGCUCUCCAAAUCCAGUGUUGAGCAAGAAGGCGCUAUUCUGCCCGACCUCGCCGAUAGAUUCGAGGGGAUCUCCCUCCGAUCUCCGCUAUUAUCAAUCUAUGAAUUGACAAUCGAAGAGUGGAUCGAUACCGCUAUGCCGGAAAUACCAGCAAGUCUGUUACAAGUUCUUAUGGAGCUGCAGAAGCCGACUUAGUCACAGUUGGUUGACCGUGAAGCUUGCUCAACUCAUGCCCCCAUGGAAACAGUCAUUGGCCUCAAUAUCAACC